AUGAUACACAUUCUUACAGCCAACUCAAAUACUCACCCUGGCACAGCCAUUGCCGACUUUGUUAUCUUUCCUCCCCGGUGGUUAUUCGGCGAGGACACUUUCCGACCACCAUCAUACCACCGAAACCGUAUGAGCGAGUUCAGGGGUCUUAUUGAGGGGUCUUAUAUUGCAAACGGGUCCGGCUCGGGUGGGUUCCAAGCUGCUGGGGCAAGUCUCGAUAACUGGAUGAGCAGCCAUGGACCAGACUCGGAAGCAUUUGACAAGGUUAACAACCAAGAACCCAUUCCGGUUCAAGUUGGGACUGGAAGUAUUGUUUUCAUCGAGAGUUGCUAUAUGGUUGGUGUCACCGAUUGGGGUCUGAAGAGGUGUCAGAAGGUCCAGGAUGACUAUAGCGAAGAGAGCCGGGGAGGCCUCAAGGAUCUUUUCAUCCCUCCCGAGCUUCCAUACGAUUGA